AACCUCUCCAGGGCUCUUCACGACAACAGCUCCGCAACCACCCAGCGACAAUGAAGGUCACACUGGUGUGCACGCUGCUCGCCGCUGCCGUCGCCCUGUGCCGCGCCGACGCGCCCUUCCUGCCGCUUCCCAUCGACACUCUCUUCCGCAACGAGAUUCGCGACGAGUUUGGCCAGUACUCGCUCGUCUACCAGACCUCCAACGGCAUCACGGUGACGGAGCAAGGCGAGCUGCAGCCCAACCAUGACGGCACGGACUACGUGCUGGUGAAGAAGGGCAGCUACAGCUACACCAGCCCAGAGGGGAUCCCCGUCCACCUGAACUACAAGGCCGAUGCCAACGGCUUCGUAGCGGUCAGCCCCAACAUUCCAGUGCCGCCCUCUGCAUGAGUGCCAUAACAUUUAUAUUUAAUAAAUU